GUCAGUUCUGCUGUUAUUCCGAGGCGAUUCGAGCAUUCGAAUCUAGGUGACCGUGGCGGAAGUCAACGUUUGCAGAAGAAAUUUGACUGAAAUUACUUUAUUCAUCUGCACCUCCAAGAAAUCUGUAAACAAUGGCGAUCGUGGAAUCUUACUGGACGCCGUGCGUUUGGUCAAAUAGUGUUAAGACUGGCUGCAAGGCUAUAGCGUUUUACACAGUGGCGAUUAGUAUAGUGCUUAUUACGCUAAUAUCCUAUCAACUGGCUGGUGGCGAUUCCACGCAGCUGUAUAAUCCGUUAUUUGAGGCUGAUGUAAGGGGAUCUAUGCAAGUUGUUGGAGGCUUCCUCAUCUUCUAUCUUGUUCUGUUGAUCAUAUGCGCCUUGUUAAUGGUUUAUGGCGUAAAAGAAGGCGUACGUGGAUGGUUAUUGCCAUGGCUCAUUGGAUGGUUCAUCGUUUGCUUGUUCCAAUUAGCCUUCGGAUUGUGGCUUUUAGGCGGUUAUUAUAUUUAUUUGGACUCUGUAUUUGCGACAUUGUGCAAUUGGCUUUGGAUGUCUUACAACAUUUACUGCUGGCUGGUUGUUUUGUCGAUGUACAGAAUUUUUGCAAAGCUGCAAUCUCCAAACAUAGAACUUCUGUGGCCUUAAAAAAAAGCACAACGUACGAA